GGGAGAGCCAAAAGUUCUAGGGCAUUCUGGUGAAACAUUUCCCUAGUUCCUCUACAUAGAGCCACACUGAUCACUGACCGAGAGAAACUCAUUUCUAGGGUUUUUCUCUUUCACACUGCAACUUCGAAGAAGAACAAGAAGACAGAGAAGAAAUCGGUGAGCCUACAUAUUUGUCAAAGAUUUGUGAAAAAUGGGGUUCUCAAUGCAGCCAUAUGGAAUACAAGCAAUGCUAAAAGAGGGACACAAGCAUCUCUCUGGUCUCGAUGAAGCCGUUCUCAAAAAUAUCGAUGCCUGCAAGCAACUAUCCACUAUUACUCGCACCUCUCUCGGCCCUAAUGGUAUGAAUAAGAUGGUUAUAAAUCAUUUGGACAAGCUCUUUGUAACAAAUGAUGCAGCAACUAUUGUUAAUGAACUCGAGGUUCAGCAUCCAGCAGCAAAAAUUUUGGUAUUAGCUGGUAAGGCUCAACAAGAGGAAAUUGGUGAUGGGGCUAACUUGACAAUUUCUUUCGCUGGUGAGCUUCUUCAAAAUGCAGAGGAGCUUAUUAGGAUGGGACUACACCCAAGUGAGAUCAUUAGUGGAUAUAACAAAGCAAUCACCAAGGCAAUUGAAAUCUUGGAUGAACUGGUAGAGAAAGAGUCUGAAACGAUGGAUGUGAGAAAUAAGGAACAUGUCAUUACUCGAAUGAGGGCUGCUAUUGCUAGUAAGCAAUUUGGACAAGAAGAAGUUUUAUGUAAACUUAUUGCUGAUGCAUGCAUACAAGUAUGUCCCAAGAACCCGGCAAACUUCAACGUUGAUAAUGUCCGUGUUGCUAAGCUUGUUGGAGGUGGUUUACAUGAUUGUACAAUAGUACGUGGAAUGGUAUUGAAAACUGACGCUGUGGGUACUAUAAAGAGAGUGGAGAAGGCAAAGGUUGCUGUUUUUGCUGGAGGUGUUGAUACCUCAGCAACUGAAACCAAAGGAACUGUCCUAAUUCACUCUGCUGACCAGCUAGAAAAUUAUGCCAAAACUGAAGAAGCGAAGGUUGAGGAGCUCAUUAAAGCUGUUGCAGAUUCUGGUGCCAAAGUGAUAGUUAGUGGAGCAGCUGUUGGAGAAAUGGCUUUGCAUUUUUGUGAACGCUACAAGCUCAUGGUGUUGAAGAUUAGCUCAAAGUUUGAAUUGAGGCGUUUUUGUCGCACUACGGGUUCUGUUGCUAUUUUGAAACUUAGUCAACCCAAUCCAGAUGACUUGGGUUAUGCGGAUUCCAUUUCAGUUGAGGAAAUUGGCGGUGUUAGGGUCACAGUUGUAAAAAAUGAAGAAGGUGGAAACUCUGUAUGCACUGUUGUUUUACGUGGAAGCACCGAUAGUAUAUUAGAAGACCUUGAAAGAGCUGUAGACGAUGGAGUGAACACUUAUAAGGCAAUGUGUAGGGACAGUCGUAUAGUUCCUGGAGCUGCAGCUACUGAAAUUGAGUUGGCUAGAAGACUGAAGGAAUUCUCUUUUAAAGAAACAGGAUUGGAUCAAUAUGCUAUUGCAAAAUUUGCUGAGAGCUUUGAGAUGGUACCUAAAACACUUUCUGAGAAUGCUGGUCUUAAUGCAAUGGAGAUCAUAUCAUCUCUCUAUGCUGAACAUGCUUCUGGAAAUAGCAAAGUGGGCAUCGACUUGGAGGAAGGAAUUUGUAAAGAUGUGGCAACCAUGAAUAUUUGGGACCUUUAUGUCACGAAGUUUUUUGCUCUCAAAUAUGCUGCAGAUGCUGCAUGCACUGUAUUGCGAGUAGACCAGAUUAUAAUGGCAAAACCAGCCGGUGGUCCAAAUCCAAAGCGAGACGCCCCUGCAGGAAUGGAUGAUGACUAGUUUUGUGCGUGGCUGUUAGAUGCGUCUUUCGGCAGAAUCCUGUACUUGGUUUGGCACCGUUUUCUUUUCCUACAGAUGCCGAAAGGUUCAUGCCUAGACAAUUUUGUUUACUGUUGAAGAAACUUUUGAGACCAUUACUUUGUAUAUGCUACUCCUAAUCCAAAACUAGUGUGGUGGGUGGUUGUGAUGAUGGUCUGGAAGUACUUGUAUCAGUGCCCUAGCUUCAACUGAAAAAUGUAUUUGCACAGGUGCUUUGAGCCAUUUUUGGUGGUGAAUUCAUAUAAUUUUUGUUAGUUGAUGUAUUUGUUGUCAACUAAGUGUCGUUGACUUAAUUUGGUUAUUGCCAUAAGUAGAACUUGAGGGAGGGAAGUCUCGUUUACGAUCAA